UAACGCAAUUACCUGGCAACCUGAGGAAACAGCCACGCAAACCAUGCAAUUUAAACGUGACUUUUGGAGGUGUAUUUGAGAUGGCAUUCGUCUGAAUAUUUUGGGGUGUGACGCUCCCACUAGAAGAGCACGGAUCAGAGGAUCAGCGGCCGAGGCGGGGACACGCAGCUGAGCCAGAGGAUCGUGUUGUUGCCAUCGACCCUCAGUUGAUGUAGAUCAGGCUGAGCAGGGUGGUCCUGCUCCUUCUCCUCAGUCUUCCUCCUCCUCUCGUGAAGCUCCAGCCCGCAACGCACGUCUCUGCCAUUGGACUAAAUGUGGAUAAAAACCCAGUGACUCGUCCAUGGGAAUACUUUAGUGAGCCUCCGAGCAUCUAUGAGAACAGGAGAGUGCUGAAGGACCUCGGAGAGCCAGAGACCGAGUGCUGGUCUUCCUCUGACUGCCUGACCAGCGAUCGAGCCUUGUUCAUGCGUCUCCCUGAGUGCCACUCCCAAAAAAACAUGAACUGUGAGCAGGAUUUUGGAGAUGGGGGCUUGGGAGUGACCCUCACAUUACGACUGCUCAUGCACGGAAAGGAGGUUGGCAGCAUCAUAGGGAAGAAAGGGGAGACUGUGAAGCGAAUACGAGAGGAGAGCAGUGCUCGGGUCAACAUCUCAGAGGGAUCUUGUCCUGAGAGGAUUAUCACCAUCACCGGCUCCACAGACAGCGUCUUCAGAGCCUUUACCAUGAUCACAUACAAACUGGAAGAGGACCUGGCGGCGCUGGUGGCAAACGGAACCAUCAGCUCCAAGCCGCCAGUCACGCUGCGGCUGGUGAUACCGGCGAGCCAGUGCGGAUCACUCAUCGGGAAAGGCGGAGCCAAGAUAAAGGAGAUCAGAGAGAGCACCGGAGCUCAGAUACAGGUGGCAGGGGAUUUGCUGCCCAACUCCACUGAGCGAGGGGUGACGAUAUCUGGGAAUCAGGACUCCGUAAUCCAGUGUGUCAAGCUCAUCUGUACGGUAAUCCUGGAGUCUCCUCCAAAGGGUGCCACCAUCCCAUAUCGACCAAGUCCCUCACCAGCCUCCCUCGUCAUCGCAGGGAAUCAGGUGUUUGAGACGUCAGAGUUUGCCCCUCACCCUCUCUACUCCAUCACCCAGGGGGGCCUUGACCUCCAGCAGGCCUACACUUUGCAAAACCAAUACGGCAUUCCACACUCAGAGCUGGCCAAGCUACACCAGCUGUCCAUGCAGCAAGGCCUGAGUCCCAUCACUCAACCGGCUUCCACUAUUCUACCUGGGAUGGACUCAAACUCUCAGACAUCUCAGGAGCUUCUUAUCCCCAAUGAUCUGAUCGGCUCGAUCAUCGGCCGCCAGGGCACCAAGAUCAACGAGAUCCGGCAGGUUUCGGGGGCCCAGAUUAAGAUCGGCAGCCAGCUGGACGGGGCCAGUGACCGCCAUGUCACCAUCACAGGGACACCAGUCAGCAUCAACCUGGCCCAGUACCUCAUUACCUCCUGUUUAGAAACAGCCAAAUCCACAGCCCAGGCAGCAACCAUGGCAACUCCUGUUGACCUCAACAUGGCCUUCACCCAGCCCGCCUCCCCGGCCGCCUCCUCCACGCCCGCCCUGGCCACCGUGGGCUCCCUGACCCAAGCCCAUAUGCUGGGCGCCCCGUACGGCGCCGUCCCUCUCUCCAGCCUGCUGGGGAUGAAGUCGAUCCCCUUUCUGACUCUGUCCAGUCCCGCCCCGGCUGUGGCGGUCAGCGCCGCCCCCUCCCACACUUCCCUGGCUGCUUACACCGCCAAAAUCUCCUCCGCCAACUGCAUCAAAAAGCCAGAGAGACAAAAGUUUGCUCCCUACUGAUGACACCUCACUGUCAGUCCACCGAAGGACACCUGUUCUUCCACCAAGCCUGAUGUAGCCAUAUGCACUGGCAGCGAUGCUCCUGACUUUAUCCUUUCACGCACCAACAGAGAAGAGACCAAUGUGGAUGAAGAUAGUAAAAUUAUUGACAGACAAAUAGAUCAUUUCUGAGUUGGGACUGCUUUCCUCGUCACCCUGUCACCGUUAUUGACCCAUUAAAAAAAGGGCUGUAAUCUCCGCUGAGCAACACACGUUAAGCUCCUGACGUGUGUCGCUCAAGCUGGACUUCAGCCAAACAUAUUUAUCCUUCAAUAAUUUGUAAGUUAUACUCAGAUGAAAAAUGCUCUACUGUAUGAUGCUUUUAUACAAUGUCUAUGUUUGCCUCUUGAGGUUUUUAAGAAACUUUGUAAUUGUCUUGGGGGGAUUUAUUUUUCUUCUUUUUUUAAACAAUAUAAUGUGCUAUGGAACUGUUCAGUGUUACGUUGGAUUUCAUUUUGACUGUGCACUUGUUAACCUUUAUUUAUUUGUAUUGUUUCAAUUAUUAAAAGUCUUCGUUUCCUGAU